GGCUUGCCCCGGGGAAGGUCACGCCCGGGGUCCCUAGACCGGGUCUACGUGCGCCCCUGCCCCGCUGCCUCCCGGGAGCGGCCGCGGUCACCGCUGGCUGCGGAGUGGCAGGUACCCGAGGUCCCGGCGCUGGCAGCCGGGCCAUACGCGGGGAGGAGCGAACCGCGGGCCCGGGUGUGGCCGAAGCGCUUCCUGUGCCAGGUUUCCGGCUCCGGGUCCCUGGAGGAGGAUCGCGGACCAGAGGCGGAGCCGGCGUCCUGCCGCGACUUUCAGACUGCGACCAUGGCCUCCCGCUGGUGGCGGUGGCUGCGCGGCUGCUCCUGGAGGCCGGCGGCGCGGAGCCCCGGGCCCGGCUGCCCGGGCCUUGCGGGACCGCGGGGGCCGCAGGCAGCUGCGGACGCCCACGCGCAGGUUCAUAGGUGGAAGGGACUUGACCUGUCUCAGAUACCCUAUAUUAAUCUUGUGAAGCAUUUAACAUCUGCCUGUCCAAAUGUAUAUAGUAUAUCACGGUUUCAUCACACAACCCCGGACAGUAAAACACACAGUGGUGAAAAAUACACCGAUCCUUUCAAACUCGGUUGGAGAGACUUGAAAGGUCUGUAUGAGGACAUUAGAAAGGAACUGCUUAUAUCAACAUCAGAACUUAAGGAAAUGUCUGAGUACUACUUUGAUGGAAAAGGGAAAGCCUUUCGACCAAUUAUUGUGGCGCUAAUGGCCCGAGCAUGCAAUAUUCAUCAUAACAACUCCCGACAUGUGCAAGCCAGCCAGCGCACCAUAGCCUUAAUUGCAGAAAUGAUCCACACUGCUAGUCUGGUUCACGAUGACGUUAUUGACGAUGCAAGUUCUCGAAGAGGAAAACACACAGUUAAUAAGAUCUGGGGUGAAAAGAAGGCUGUUCUUGCUGGAGAUUUAAUUCUUUCUGCAGCAUCUAUAGCUCUGGCACGAAUUGGAAAUACAACUGUUAUAUCUAUUUUAACCCAAGUUAUUGAAGAUUUGGUGCGUGGUGAAUUUCUUCAGCUUGGGUCAAAGGAAAAUGAGAAUGAAAGAUUUGCACACUACCUUGAGAAGACCUUCAAGAAGACUGCCAGCCUGAUAGCCAACAGUUGUAAAGCAGUCUCUGUUCUAGGAUGUCCCGACCCAGUGGUGCAUGAGAUCGCCUAUCAGUACGGAAAAAAUGUAGGAAUAGCUUUUCAGCUAAUAGAUGAUGUGUUGGACUUCACCUCAUGUUCUGACCAGAUGGGCAAACCAACAUCAGCUGAUCUGAAGCUCGGGUUAGCCACUGGUCCUGUCCUGUUUGCCUGUCAGCAGUUCCCAGAAAUGAAUGCUAUGAUCAUGCGAAGGUUCAGUUUGCCGGGAGAUGUAGACAGAGCUCGACAGUAUGUAUUACAGAGUGAUGGUGUGCAACAAACAACCUACCUCGCCCAGCAGUACUGCCAUGAAGCAAUAAGAGAGAUCAGUAAACUUCGACCAUCCCCAGAAAGAGAUGCCCUCAUUCAACUUUCAGAAAUUGUACUCACAAGAGAUAAAUGACAACUCUUUCUGUUCUUUCUGGCAGCUAUCUUACCAGACUGUGCCUAAAGAAUUUUGUGGAAUACACUUUGUUUGCUUCAUGUGCAGAUAACCAAAAAUCAUUUUAAAAGAUAUAAAACUUAUUGAUGGGCAAUUUAUUUUUUUUAUUGCAAAAGUUUUUUCAGAAAACUUUUUAAAUGUAAUUAAACCAUCUGAAUCUGUCAUUCUAGUCCUAUAAAUUAUAAUCGAGGUAUCUUGAUGGUUAUAUGUGGUAUUGUUUACACUGUUAAUAUCCACAUGUAAGGCCAUUACACAAAUAAAUAAUCGAUGUUAAAAUUCAAA